GUUGCCUGUCACUCCACGUCUAUGUAUCUUGUACUUACAUAAUUGCAUAAUAACAUAAUGCACUUUGCUUUGUAAAAUGUGAAAACACAGCCUCGGUCUGAAUGCUCUUUCCCCGAUCUGACCUCUGAGUCUGAGGUUGAUUAAUUGAGGUCUUGGCCAUACCGUUUCUGCUUUCAGUUGUCCAUAAUCAGCGCGACUUUUGACUUCGAAUGCACCCCCUUCAACAGCUUAAACUGGUCAAACCACGUAAAGCUGGGAGUUGGUUUGUACAAGUCAAGCCGUUCCAAAAUGCAAACCCUAUCACCCACAGUUGCAAGUGUGCCGAUUACUGUGUAGGAGACAAAGAGAUCCUCAUAUUUUUUCUACCAGGAAGCUUGGUGUCCCACUCACUCUGUUUUCUUUCCCUCCCAUCCUAUUGCACUCAAAGUGUAUUGUUUGGUAGCCUUUCCAAUCGUAGGUCGCUUUCGCUCUUACCCAGGCACACUAACAUGGCUCCUAUGUACUAAUCAAUACAACUAUUCAGUCAAUCGUUUCGGCUUAACGAGCUUGUGGUGGGCGACACGAGCGGGAAGCUUCUUGUGUACAAGAACGACGACUGUAAACCCUGGAUCACCCGCUCCUGUGUCGGCAUGCUCACCUGUGUGGGAGUAGGAGAUAUCUGCAACAAAGGAAAGAACUUUGUGGUGGCGGUAGGAGCAGAGGGAUGGUUCCACCUCUUUGAUCUGACUUCCACUGCAACGUCCAAGUCUGAGACCUCCAGCCAACAGGAAGCACUGUUUUGGGAUGACCAGAAGCCCUGCUUCACUCAGCACAUUCCGGCCAACACCAAGGUGAUCCUAAUUAGUGACAUUGACGGAGACGGGCGCAGCGAGCUGGUGGUGGGGUACACGGAUCGAGUGGUGCGCGCGUUCCGCUGGGAGGAGCCCCCGGACUCCACGGACCUGUCCUCUGGACAGCUGGUCCUGCUGAAGAAAUGGCUGCUGGAGGGGCAGGUGGACAGCCUGUCGGUGAACCCAGGGCCGGAGGGAGUUCCCGAGCUGAUGGUGUCCCAGCCAGGAUGUGGCUACGCCAUUCUGCUGUGCUCCUGGACACAAGAGGGCGCUGCUGCUUCAGGAGAGGGUACCCCAGCCACUCCUGGGGGUGAGAGCCCCUCCAGAGAUGUCAUUCUUCACCUGACGACAGGCCGCAUCCACAAUAAGAACGUUUCCACCCACCUGAUUGGCAGCAUAAGCAGAGGUUCAAAAGAUGAGUCCUCAAAGUGUGGCCUGUUUGCCCUCUGCACUUUAGACGGGACCCUGAAGCUGAUGGACAGCUCGGAGCAGCUGCUGUGGUCAGUGCAGGUGGAUCACCAGCUCUUCGCCCUGCAGAAGCUGGACGUCACGGGAGACGGGAGAGAGGAGGUGGUGGCUUGCGCCUGGGACGGGCAGACCUACAUUAUCGACCACAACCGCAUGGUUGUGAGGUUUCAGUUUGAUGAGAACGUUAACGCCUUCUGUGCAGGUCAGUACGCCUGUAAAGACGGCAGGAACAGCCCGUGUCUGAUCUACGUCAGCUUCAACCACAAGAUCUACGUGUACUGGAGGGUGGAGCUGGAGCGCAUGGAGCCCACUAACCUGCUCAGGGUUCUGGAGGAGAGGCCGGGGUACAGGGACCUGCUGGAGCGCCUGGGCGUGGACCCUGACGACACGGCCGCUGUCAGGGAGCUGGUCCGAGACGUGCUGUAUGGAGACCCCCCGCCCAGGUCCACCUGACGGACGCGACGCACUCCGCCCAACUCAGCUCAACUCCCCCCACCCCAAACUCUCUCCUCUCUGUAAAUAUCUUGCCAAUAAAGUCAGAAAAACCAACAACCACAUGCCUCUUGCUACACGUGCUCCCAUCCUAGAAAGUGCAUUUGAUCUUUGACUGUGUGGAUGGGCUGUUCCUGGGCCCACGUGUCUAUGGCUGUCUGGCACUGAUUCAAGUCAUGUCGGCUGAGUUAGACAGAUCUGGGAACAGGGUGAAUUAGUUUGUCUGUGGGGUCACUGUUCCCCAUCUUGUCCUGUCUUCCAGGUCAUUGUGUAUUUUGACGGGAAUCGAACUCCAGAUAUAGCCAUUAAUUUGAUGUGAGGACAAGCCAAGCAAGAGAGAGGCAUUGCCAGUAAUUAUUCUCCCUACAUAGCUGCAUGUUUCAUAGUGUUGCAGGGUCAAGUCUAACUGAUGAUCACAGUCUUUGUUUUUAAAGUUGUGUGGAAGAUUAUCCUGCUUGAUCAUAUACAGUGGACAGAAUGCAUAAGUAUGCAUUGUCAGAUAGUGUUGGAAAACUGAAGAUGGCGUUCUAAUUCACUGUUAUUUGUAGUUAGCCCCCUGCUGCACAGCCUUUUAGCGCUUCCCUGUAUUGAAAUAUAAAGGUGAGCACCGUAAUGUGUAAUAUAUGGGUCUGUCGUGCUAUUGCAGAUUUCCAGGAGAAGUGGGGUCGAUAUGUUCAUGAUGAGUAUUCUCAUUAGGAUUGCUACAGUGAGCCACAGCCACAGUACAUAGCUGCAGUGAAAUGGAUUUUCAGUGCCCAUAGGAGAGUGGUCCACUGUGUGAAAGGCUUGCUGGUGACGUGUGAGGGACACCAUUACAUUAUUGGCAUUUGGCAGACACUCUUAUCCAGUGUGACGUACAGUUGAUUAGACUAAGCAGGAGACAAUCCUCCCCUGGAGCAAUGCAGGGUUAAGGGCCUUGCUCAAGGGCCCAACGGCUGUGUGGAUCUUAUUGUGGCUACACCGGGGAUCGAACCACCGACCUUGGGUGUCCCAGUCAUUAACCUUAACCACUACGCUACAGGCCGCCCCAAACCGGUGAGUAAGGCCUUUAUCUGAGGGGGCGGCCAUUUUGCCAUUUGGUCUGGUUCAUGAUAAUCUCUCCCUGGUUCCCAGGCUCUGGCGGGUACUGCAUUCCAAACUAAACACUGACCAGUGCUGUGGUCAUCUGUCAUGGCCUAUUUCUGCAGAUACUUCUGUCUUGGAAAGAAUCUAGUUCUCUCGGCCCUUGUUGUAUCUGGAGAUGUCGCAGUGAGUGUGUGACAGAGAGAAAGCAGUACACUGAAGGUGUGUGCUGGUGGAGGAGCAGCAUGCACAUCCAGUCGUUUUGGAGGUCAGACUGUACCGCACACAACAUUUAUUUCACCUCAGACAUCGGAAUGCUCACCCCGCCAUGAAACUGCGUGGCCUUGGAGUGUGAUGGAUACUGCGUGGGUUUGACCUUUGCCCUUCUGCAUUUACGCUGAGGGCAGACGGCCCGCGACCCUUGUCCGUUAUAGAGCGGCGAGAGUGCCGACCCUGGGAAACGGCCAUCCAAAGAUAACAUCUCCGCCGGCGAAAGAGGACAAACAGACAUCCAUUAGGCGUGGGUCUCCUCCAGACUGCCGUGUGUGCGCAUUUAGCUCCUGUGUUCCUGCCUAAUGGGAUAGAAGUGUGCCUGGCUGCCCAGCUCUGUGGAACCAGGAGAAGUCAGGUCAAUCAGACACAGUGCUGUGGAGUUCAGGGACAGGCCUUACGUAAGCAAAAGAAAAAAAAGGAGCAGUUUUUGUCUGGACUCAUCGGAGUGCGAGUCUACUGCGGCUGACAGUGUGAAAAUUGGCAUUGGCUGGUGUUUGCUGUGGUCCAGCUGCAAAACAGAGCUUUAUUAUACAUAUUUUGGAUACAUUUCAUAAUGCCGAUAAACUUUUUAACAUGAUAGUGUUACACCAGAGUAACUCUAGUGUAGUUAUUUGAGGACCAGCUGUGUUUCUCUGGGUACUCCAGUUUCCUCCCAUAGUCCAAAGACAUACAGGUUAGGGACUACAGAUGAAAAUGCUCAUUAGCUAACUCUGGCACAUUUACAUUGAUGUGGAAACUGAAAAUGUUGAUUACUGUGCACUGUCCCCAGUAAAAAUAAAUACAGAAUUGCUAUUUACUUAUAUACCGUAGGUGUUAUGUGGUGGUUGCAAAUGUUUGUGUAAUUACAGGUCAUUAAUAUAUUUAAUUACUUAGAUCUGUAAAAUUAUUCCCUAAUCUUUUAAAGAACCACUGAGAGAUGCUCAAUUCAAUCUGUGUGCAGAUGGUAUGAUUAUAUUGAGAAAGAGGUCAGGGUCAAGUCUAUAAAGGAAUCUUCUUCCUUUGGGGAGAUGCUGACGAAAAAGCCUUAUAAUGGCUUUGAGGAACUUUUUACUCAGAGGUAUUGAAAAAAGAAAAAUCUUGAAAUCCAAUAAAAAUGCUAAUCUUUA